AUGCCUAAGAUAAAUAUGACAGCCAUGGCCAAAACAUCCGACAAAAAAGGGAAAAGCGCGAUCAACGAAGUCGUGACGCGUGAGUACUCAAUUAACCUCCACCGUCGUCUACACGGUGUUGGUUUCAAGAAACGGGCACCACGCGCCAUCAAGGAAAUAAGAAAAUUCGCCGAAAAACAGAUGGGCACACCUGAUGUCCGAAUCGACACCAGACUUAACAAACAAUUGUGGUCCAAGGGUAUCAGAAACGUUCCAUUCCGAGUACGUGUACGCUUGAGCCGAAGACGUAACGACGACGAGGACUCAGCCAACAAAUUGUACACCCUGGUCACUUACAUACCAGUAGCGACAUUCAAAGGGCUCCAAACCGAAAAUGUCGAUGCAAGCCAAGAUUAA